UGUUGCAUCAAUUUCUUCAUCCUCAAAUUAAAAUAACUAAGCUUUAAAGAGAGAAAAAAACAAAUGAUGGGUUCUAAGGCAUUUUUAUUUCUUGGCCUUCUUUUGGCUAUUUUUGCAAUGAUAAGCUCAGAGGUUGCAGCGAGGGAGUUGACUGAGACCCCAGUCAAAUUGGAUAACAAGAAUGUUAAAGUUGAACAUAGUGAUGAACAAUACCCUAGUGGAGGAUAUAAGGGAUAUGGCGAAUAUAACGGAUAUAAAUCUUCUGGUGACGGAUAUAAACAUUCACACGAUGAAUAUAACGAUGUUUACAAAUCUCCUGGUGACGGAUAUAAAUAUUCACACGACGAAUAUAGCAACGGAUACAAAUCCUCCGAUGAUGAAUAUAAACACGCACAUGACACUCAGCCUUCAGUAAUUGUGAUAGACAUAGGUGACGGAUACAAAUCUUAUGGUGACGGAUUUAAAUAUUCACUAGACGGAUAUAAGAACGGAUAUAAAUCCACCAGUGGCGAACAUAAACCCCGACGUG